AUGGUGGACUUCUACAACAAGCCACAGCGACGUAAUGCAUGCCCACAACAUCAACAGCUCUCUUGCCAGGUUGAGAAAGACUCAGAAACUACACUGGGGUUUGACGAACUGGACAGAGGACGGUUCCGACUUUUCGGAAUAUUUUCAUCCUCGCGCUGCCCUUCACCUGCUUUCACACGCGUCAUGCACACUCUCUUGACGCUUCCUCGACACGGCUCGUGGAGUGGCCUGACAAAAGCAGUCAACCAGCAUCAAAGCCAAGAAAUCGAGGCACAAUGGUGGAAAGGGCUAACAUGGUAUCGCACCACUAUAACGAAUUAG